AUGGCCACGGGGGGAACAACCGGCCCCCCCAGCGUCCCUCGUCACACCAACCGCCUGGUUAACGAGAAGUCCCCCUACCUCUUGUCUUCCCCCUACAGGUACCCUUGGGGUCAGGAAGCCUUUGAUAAAGCAAAGAAAGAAAAUAAGCUGAUAUUCCUGUCAGUUGGCUACUCCACCUGCCACUGGUGCCAUGUGAUGGAGGAGGAGUCCUUCAAGAACAAGGAGAUCGGGGAGAUUAUGAACAAGAACUUUGUGUGUAUCAAAGUGGAUCGUGAGGAGCGGCCAGAUGUGGACAAAGUGUACAUGACCUUUGUGCAGGCGACCAGCGGUGGAGGUGGCUGGCCGAUGAGCGUCUGGCUGACUCCAGACCUCAAGCCCUUUGUAGGGGGGACGUACUUCCCUCCUGAAGACGGAGUUCAUCGCGUUGGCUUUCGCACUGUGCUGCUCCGAAUCGCAGAGCAGUGGAAGGAGAACAAAGAUGCCCUGUUGGAGAACAGCCAGAAGAUCCUGGAAGCAUUGCUACACAGGUCUGAGAUCCGUGCACGGGGCCAGGAGUCACCCCCACCAUCCAAAGAGGUGAUGGCCACCUGUUUCCAGCAGCUCUCCAACUCCUAUGAUGAGGACUACGGCGGCUUUUCCGAAUCCCCCAAGUUCCCCACCCCAGUGAAUUUGAAUUUCCUCUUCACGUACUGGGCCCUGCACCGAACGACUCCAGAAGGUGCCCGGGCACUGCAGAUGGCUCUGCACACCCUCAAGAUGAUGGCCCAUGGGGGCAUCCAUGACCACAUCAGUCAGGGUUUUCACCGCUACUCCACCGACCAGCACUGGCAUGUGCCUCACUUUGAGAAGAUGCUGUACGACCAGGGGCAGCUGGCAGCCACGUAUAGCAGAGCCUUUCAGAUCUCUGGCGAUGAAUUCUUUGCCGAUGUUGCCCGAGACAUUCUGCGCUACGUCUCACGGGACCUGAGUGACCAGGCAGGAGGUUUCUACAGCGCAGAAGAUGCCGAUUCCUACCCAACCAUGGCGUCCAAAGAGAAGCGAGAAGGAGCUUUCUGUGUGUGGGCAGCCGAGGAAAUCCGGGCUCUCCUUCCUGACCCUGUUGAGGGGGCCACGGAGGGGACAACCCUGGGAGAUGUCUUCAUGCACCACUACGGAGUGAAGGAGACUGGCAACGUGAGCCCCAUGAAGGACCCCCAUCAGGAGCUGAAGGGCAAGAACGUCCUUAUUGUGCGGUGCUCCCUGGAGCUGACGGCGGCCCACUUUGGGCUGGAGCCAGGGCAGCUGGGUGCCCUGCUGCAGGAGGGCCGACGGAGGCUGGCGGCAGCCCGGGCACAGCGACCACGGCCACACUUGGACACCAAGGUGCUGGCGGCGUGGAAUGGGCUGAUGAUCUCGGGCUUUGCCCAGGCCGGGGCAGCCCUGGCCGAGCAGGAGCUUGUGAGCCGGGCUGCGCGGGCGGCUGCCUUCCUGCGGAGACACCUCUUCGACCCUGCCAGCGGGAGGUUGCUGCGGAGCUGCUACCGGGGCAAAGACAAUGCGGUGGAGCAGAGUGCUGUGCCCAUCCAGGGCUUCCUGGAGGACUACGUCUUCAUCAUCCAGGCUCUCUUUGACCUGUACGAAGCCUCACUGGAGCAGGGCUGGCUGGAGUGGGCCCUGCAGCUCCAGCACAUGCAAGACAAGCUCUUCUGGGACCCCAAAGGCUUUGGGUAUUUCUCCAGUGAGGCAGGAGACCCCUCUCUGCUCCUGCGCCUGAAGGAUGACCAAGAUGGAGCAGAGCCCAGCGCCAACUCUGUCACUGUCACAAACCUGCUCCGAGCAGCUUGUUACUCCGGCCACACGGAGUGGGUGGAAAAAGCCGGGCAGAUCUUGGCUGCCUACUCAGAGAGGCUGCAGAAGAUCCCGAUAACCCUGCCAGAGAUGGCCCGGGCCACUGCUGCCUUCCAUCACACCCUCAAACAGGUCGUUAUCUGUGGGGACCCCCAAGGAGAAGACACGAAGGAGAUGCUGCGCUGCGUUCACUCCGUCUUCAGCCCAAACAAGGCGCUGAUGCUGGCGGAUGGGGACGGCGCUGGGUUCCUCUACCGCCAGUUGCCUUUCCUGGCAUCCCUGGAGAGGAAGGAUGGGAAAGCCACUGCUUAUCUCUGCAGCAACUUCACCUGCUCCCUGCCCGUCACCUCGCCCCAGGAGCUGUGCGGGAUGCUCUGCCUGUGAGCCCCGCAG